UAUUUAAAAACCAUUUGACCACUCCUUCGCCACGUCAGUUAUAAUUGGCAAUUCAACAUGAAGUUACUUGUGAACAUUAUUAUUUCCCUCUCAGUUUUUCAAUUAGUUUUCGCUGACAUGGCGGAAAUGCGAAGGAAAUCGCACACUGAGGAGUUCGAGGGAAUGUCAGCGUUGUUCAGGGCUAUGUCCUCAUCGCCAAACGAUGGAUACACCUACAAUUGGAGCGUGGUAUCGUUUUCAAACGAUGGGCAACCAGAUUCCGGUUUUAAUUGCACUGUUUUGUAUCUGGAUCAGUGCACAUCCUGGAAUAGAUGCCGUCAGACUUGCCUGAAAACCGGAGCCACCAGCUACAGAUGGUUUCAUGAUGGCUGCUGCGAGUGCGUGGGCGAACAUUGUAUGAAUUAUGGCAUAAACGAGAGCAGGUGUCGACUGUGUCCCGAACCGGGAUUCGAUGAUGAGGAGGAUUGAGGAGUACUUUUUCCAUAAUUAUAAAAAUACUUUCAUUCCAGCUAAAAGCAUCAU